AGGACCUGGGAGUCAUAGAAUCUUAGAAUCAUAGAAUGGUUUGGGUUGGAAGGGACCUCAAAGAUCAUGUAGUUCCAACCCCCCCUGCUAGACCACGUUACCCAAAGCCUCAUCCAACCUGGCCUUCAACACUUCCAGGGAUGGGGCCUCCACAACCUCUCUGGGCAACCUGUUCCAGUGCCUCACCACUCUCACAAGGGAACAGAUGAUGCGCUCAGCAGCGUUGGAGCCUGCCUCAGAGGCUGAAGGAAGGGCACAACCAGGGAAGAUUUUAGCUUUUCCUCAUAGGUAUCACCCAGGAGGCAGAGAGCACCUGUUUAGUGGGGUGGUAAGAGAUAUACUGUACACUUUUUUUUGCACCAAAGGAAGAAACCUCCACACUGAACCUGCUCAGGCCUCUUGAAGGCCAAGCGCUAUGUGACACAGCGCCCACGGCUCCCCACUCGUGGGGCCAUUACCACCACCCCGGGGAGCCCGGGGCGAGGGCCAGACGGAGCCGGAGGCUCUGAGAGGGAAGGGACAUGGCUACGGGAGAAGGUAUGCGGCGGUAGAAGCCGGGCCCCCCGCAGCUGGGCCGCCUGAAGGGAGGCAAAGCCACUGCACCCUCAGCCCUGUCCGCUUCCCCUCACCCUGAGGCGAAUGGGGGGCGCCGCAAGGUCUGCCGGGAGUUGUAGUUUUUCCCCGCCCACCAGCCCCUCCCCUCUGCAGCCCGCGGCGGCAGUCGGACUACAUUUCCCGUCAUGCAUUGCCGCGACGUUCCCUCCGCCCCUCAGGUGGGGUGGGAGAGGCGGGAUUGGUGGGACAGCGGCGCGGGGGCGGGGCCACGAUUGCUGUCGAGUGGCGGCGGUGGGAGGUGCUUGGGAGCGCGCGGGGCGGGGCGGGGCGGCUGGCGGGGGCGGGCGCGCGAGCCGCGACCGUUGCCGGCUGAGGCGGCGAUCGCCGUUACGAGCGUUGAGCUGAGGCGAUGCGCGGUGUCGUUGUGGGCGUCGCGAAGUGAAGAAGCGAAGCCGCCACCGUCGUCAUCCGCCCCUCUUCCACCCGCGACCCCCGCAGACGGCGACAUGGGCGAGUGCGGAGCCCCCGGGGACGUCAACUCCAACGUGCUCGUUGCCCGCAGCACCGGCGAUGCGCAGCUGGACAAGGCGGUGUGGCAGUGGCUGAGCUGGGACAAGAACCAGAAAACAAAAGAACAGAUUGAAAGCUUGUUACAGAAUGGAAAACAUAAAGAGUUACGGGAUCGUCUUUGCUGCAGGCUGACCUUUGGAACUGCCGGGCUUCGCUCCGCUAUGGGAGCGGGCUUUUGCUACAUUAAUGAUCUUACUGUGAUCCAGUCAACACAGGGGAUCUACAAGUAUCUUGAGAGGUGUUUUUCAGACUUUAAGCAGAGAGGCUUUGUUGUUGGAUAUGACACACGAGGUCAGGUGACCAGCAACUGCAGCAGUAAGAAACUUGCAAAGCUCACUGCAGCUGUCCUGCUGGCUAAAGAUGUACCUGUAUACUUCUUUUCCACAUAUGUCCCUACACCGUUCGUGCCCUAUGCUGUUCAGCAGCUCAAAGCUGUGGCUGGUGUGAUGAUCACAGCAUCCCACAACCGGAAGGAGGACAAUGGAUACAAGGUUUAUUGGGAAAAUGGAGCACAGAUCACCUCUCCUCACGAUAAGGAAAUUAUAAAAUGUAUAGAAGAGUGUGUUGAACCAUGGAAUGGCUCUUGGAAUGAGAAUCUGGUAGACACCAGUCCCCUUAGACAGGAUCCUCUGAAGAAAAUUUGUGACUGUUACAUGGAAGAUUUGAAAAAGAUCUGUUAUCAUAGGGAACUAAAUGUGCAAACAAAUUUGAAGUUCGUUCAUACCUCGUUUCAUGGAGUUGGACACGACUACGUGCAGUUGGCUUUCCAAGCAUUUGGCUUUCAGCCCCCCAUUCCAGUACCUGAACAGAAAGAUCCAGAUCCUGACUUCUCUACUGUCAAAUGCCCAAAUCCUGAAGAAGGAGAAUCUGUGCUGGAGUUGUCACUGAGGCUUGCAGAGAAAGAAAAUGCUAAAGUAGUAGUGGCCACUGAUCCAGAUGCAGACAGACUAGCCGUGGCAGAACAGCAGGAGAAUGGCUGCUGGAAGGUGUUCACUGGCAAUGAGCUAGCAGCUUUAUUUGGGUGGUGGAUGUUUUCUUGCUGGAAGGAAAACUGCUCCGAAGAUGCUGAUGUGAAGAAUGUUUACAUGUUAGCGACCACAGUCUCCUCGAAGAUUUUGAGGGCAAUUGCACUUAAAGAGGGAUUUCACUUUGAAGAAACACUCCCUGGUUUUAAAUGGAUUGGAAGUAGAGUAAAAGAUCUCCAAGAUAAUGGAAAAGAAGUUCUCUUUGCAUUCGAAGAAUCUAUUGGCUUCAUGUGUGGCACAUCAGUGUUAGAUAAAGAUGGCGUAAGUGCAGCUGUGGUCAUAGCUGAAAUGGCAACCUAUCUGGAGGGCAAGAACCUAACACUAGCACAGAAACUCAUUGAGAUAUAUGAAACGUAUGGAUAUCACAUAUCAAAGACUUCCUAUUUCUUGUGCUAUGAUCCUCCUACUAUCAAAAGGAUAUUUGAGAAGCUUCGGAACUUCGAUGCCCCUCAGUCUUAUCCAAAAUUUUGUGGCAUUUACAAUAUAUUACAUGUACGAGAUAUUACCACUGGCUAUGAUAGCAGCCAGCCAAAUAAGAAAUCGGUGCUGCCAGUGAGUAAAAGCAGCCAGAUGAUCACUUUUACAUUUCAAAAUGGUUGUGUUGCCACCCUUCGGACAAGUGGAACAGAACCAAAGAUCAAGUACUACGCAGAGAUGUGCGCGCUGCCCGAACAGAGGUCAGUAGCAGACCUCCAUGCACACACUGCAAGAUGCCUUUGGGCUGAAAGUGACAGAACCGUGCUGGAAGAAGAACUUCAGCAGCUUAUUGAAGCUUUGAUUGAGAAUUUUCUCGAACCUGAUAAGAAUGGACUGAUCUGGCGCUCCGCUUAGAUCUCCUGUAACUGGUGUUCAAAGAAGUGACCGUGUCAUGUGAAACAAAGGAACCAAGAACAGAACUCACUUUAAUACGUGUGCGUGUGUGUAUGUGUGUUAAACAGCUACAUUUUUAUUCUAUAAAGAAGAAGCAUUCUUUUGUCAGGCUUUUCACCAAAGUCUGGGCUAGAAAAUUGGGAUAAGGAGAGGAAGUGAGAGAAAAGGGUGGAAUUUAUUAUUAUAAUUUUCUGUCCUUUUGACCAAAAGACUAAUUAAUCUGCACCAAUGCAGAUGGACUACCCUUGUAGGUUUAAGGCAGCUGAUCUUAGCCAGUAGAUCUUGUCUUAAGCUAAUUUCAGGUACCAAAUACCUUUUAUGUGAAAAAGUUUUAAAAUUUGGUAGUCCAUAGCGUUUGAAGGAAGAGAUCGCUCCAAACUGACAAAAAAAUCUUGCUUCUUCCUAGCUGUUGUGCGUGAAUGUAGGUGUCAUUGCUACAGGUCUUAAUUUCCAAAACCGUUGAAGUAGAGUUCAAGUGCUUAGCAUUUCUUGUUGAGGCAAGUUGUUCAAUAUGACAUUUUUCAGCUACUUAAGUAUCCUUCUGUUGUUAAAGGUGCUCUUAGUGCGUUGUAUCUUUCCUGGGUGUAUCUUCAAAUAUUAACUUGACAGUGAAACAAUAGUGGCAACAUGUCCGGUCCCACUUGCAGUCUGGGUUUUCGAUGAUUAGAAACUUGUUCAUUCCUUGGUUAAAUUGCCCAUUCUAACUACUGUAGGAUUUGUAAAUGUUUUCUUGUCCUGCAUCUCUGAAGGGGCUUAAGUUUUUGGGUUUGGUUUGGUUUUUUUUUAAUAAAGGUUUCAGAAAUUCAGUAACUCUAUAUGAAACUUCCAGAUAGGAACUCUUUUGGUUUUGGCUUGAAUUCAUACUGCCUGUGUAUUUAAAAAAAAAAAAAAAAAAAAGGGAAGAAAGUAGAGGUGAGACACUGACAUCCUUGAUUAUUCUUUUUUGGUUACUAAAUCAUUAUUAAUUUUUUUGGCACAUCUUGUAAACUAAUUUGUUAGAAUAGUUGUUUGCAAAUACUAUUAUUCUUUACCUUUAGGACAAUUUUUCAACAGCUUCCCAUUAUGUGUUUCCUCCCUUUGCUUGAGCAGAAAGUGAUUUGACUUCCAAAAAAUAGACCGAUACAGAAAUUCUCAUGUAGAUAUCUAGGAUUUGAGAAAAUAAAAGCCAUGUUUUAGUACAGAAAAACUGUGGAAGAUCCUUUAACUGAAACAACACUUCAAGAAAGACUGCAUAUUGAUUAACUGAGGAUAAUACUUGUUAAUGUGUGCUACUAAAUUGCUAAUAUAAGCCUUCAGAAUUAAGUCAGUGAUGUUCUGACAUCUCCCCGCUAUCACUUUACAAUAAUUAGAUAGAAGAAAUAGAUAAAUCUGAACAUUUAACCUCUGUAUUGAAGGUUACAUGAGCAAGAACCCAAGAUGCACUUAACUUAAAGCUGUUGGUUUGCCACUAUUGUUAAAGCUUUAAAUUUGUCCUCCAUCUUAUUAUACCCUUACAGCUUGAUGCCAGAGGAUUGCGCAGAGUGGUUUUGUAUGUGCUGCAUCUAGAUGGCUUUAAAGAGCACCAAGGUUUCUGUGUCUGUGUGGGUAUCGGGUAUUUCAUGCUGACAGAAGCUUUGCACUAUAACUGUGGAUAAGUAUUUUGCUGUAUAUGAAUGUACAUGUACUGCAGAAGGUCUGUGUUGCAAAUUCUUAUUUGCUACCAAUAUUUAUUUAUUUUUUAUUUUAAGAGAAAAUAUUUCCAACUCAAUUGCAGAAUGAGUGAAAUGUAUCUAAUGCCAAAAAAACCUUUUUUUUUUUUUUGUGCAUUUGACUGAUGUGGCGAGGAAAAUGGGUGAAAGCAUUUAUGCUUAAAGCAUACUCAUGUUAUUGAGUAGGUCUCAGAAGGUGUGAAGGCAUUUCUGGCUGCUGCUUUGCCUUCAGUUUUCACAAAAAGGUGCAGAUCUGGAUCUCAACUGCACCGAAUUUGAAGGAGGUUCUUGCCGUUUGUUCCAUUGGCAGCAGAUUAAAGCUUUAGGUGUUUUGGAUUUUGAUUUUUAAGUAGCCUACUAGUAGUUCAGAAGAGAAGUGACUUGGAACAUAAUUUUGAACAAAGGUAAACACUGUAAAAAGCAUAGUGUGUGAGAUGAGGUCAGCUGUGUGUAUUGUACCAGUUAGCGGUAGGAUUUACGUCUUGUGAAUUAUGUUUGUGCUCCUCCAAAGAGCAGGAAUACACAAUUUCCCAGAGAUCUGCUUUAUAUCAGUAGGCAAGUGUUAUAAAUGCAGUAUGGAAGAAAAUUGUGAUUGUUUUCAAAUCAGCAUUCUUAGAAGUCAGUAACUGUUCAUAGUCUAAGUAUCUUCAACCAAAAAAAAAACAAAAAAAAACCAACAAAAAACAAACAAAUACAGGGAGUUAAGUGUCUGGGAUUCUUCUCGUCAAUAGAUUUGAGCAGUAAGUUAGAGACGUAGUUGUGCUUUUGGAAUGACAGCAACAGGCACAAUGUGUUGAAUGUAUUUUAAGGGUAUAAUAACUAUUGCUGUUUUUAAGCUGCUGCUACUGUUGUUUUCCUACUGUAUUUGAACUGUUUGAUAUAUUUAUACUGUUCCAUUUGUGGAACUCUAUUUCCUCCCUCUGAUCUUGCUUCCCUUACUUCUGUUACUGUGAAGGACUGUAAUUCUCUUAUUUCAUUGCCCUGUAACUUGGUUAUAGAUCAUGAUAGAGUUUAUUGGGGCUUGUGCACAACCUUCUUUCAGUCGUCAGCUGUUCUUUACUACUUUUCAGAUAAGAACAAAGGCUUUUCAAACUUGAGUAGGAAGCAGAUAAUAGAUCAAAGUACGCUGUGGAUGUUGUUUACUAGGCGCUUCCAGUUAAAAUACACCGUUUUAAAGGUUGGCCUACAGCAAGUCGUUGGCUUAGACUGUAAUCACACAGCCAAUGAUUUGGUUUUAGCAUUUGAUAAAAUUAGGAGGGCUAGUUUUUGUCUUUCCCUUUUUGAUGUGACAGGCUUAAUCUCUGUCUUGCUGAGAUAAAGUUGCCAUAGGCCUAGGAUAGGACCUUUGUAAGUACCGGAGACUUGCCAGGCAACGUUGAAUGUCUAUGAUACAGAGUUUGUAGCAGAUUUUUUUUUUAUUCUAGUUGUGAUGUAGCAUCCAGUCUGUGGUUGAACUAGCUUCAAGUGCUAUUCACGUGUCUCCUUCUGCACCUCUAAAAGAUGAUUCCUGCGGCAGCACGAGUGAAUCAUGGAACGCUUGGUGGAAGAGGAGGGGAGCGUGUGUAACAUGGGAGAGUUUGCCUGGAAGCUCCAAGUACAGCUCUAGCUGUAGCCCACAGUAGUGUAGCCCUUGGUUUGUGUUUGCCAUCGGCACGGUGUCCUGUUCAGGUGGUGAGCUGGUUCUGCUUCGCCUGCACUUCCCUUCACUGCCAUCCCCAGCAGGACACAGCUCAAAGAAGCCAGGUUUCCCUUGGGCUGCGGGAGAACUGGGAUCUUGCCUGAGUAUGUCUCCUAAUUUCCUUAAUUUUAAAUACUCAGCUCUUUCUUUUAAGGAGAGGAAAUACUUAUGUGUGUCAUCCACAGACUAAAUUAAGAAUUAAAUUUGUAUGCGUUUCUGUUUCAGAGGUUGAGCUGACUUACAACAUGCCAUACACACUGCCUGGGGCUCCUUUGCCUACCCUGGGCAGUUCUUGACUGAUCUCAAGCUGUUACUGUGUCUUUGCUUGGAGGAUACCGGCAUGUUGAAAUUUAUGGCGUUAUUCCCUGAUUUAGCAGUACUCAGGUAGCACUUUGUGUCCCCUCUUUGGCUCCUGAAGUGCUAGGGAUUUCAGUUUCUGUUUUAUUAAAGGGAGUGUGUUUGUGUGAAACUGAGUACUGAGGGAGAGCCACAGGGGAGGGAAUGAUGGUUUCUGUCAUUUGCGGCAGGGCAGAACGCGUGGUCUGCUUUAGAAAGCACUUCCAAAAGCUUUAGAAAGCACUUGGAUCUUCUCUUUAAUUUUAAAACUAUUAUUGUCUUCAUUUUGUCUUCCCCCCCCCCCCUUUUGCCCUCUUCUCUCCCCAAGUAAGAGAGGAGGGCUCUUUGCAUGGUGAUGCUUGGAUGAUCAGAGUCCAUCCUGAUACCAAAUUCCUGGUGCACAGCACAUUUUCCAUCCUCCCCGGCCCUUUACGUGCCCAAGAGUAGCUUUGUACGAGGUGAUUGAAGUAUCUGAAGUUGCAUCGUUCUCCUUGUCUAGAAUCCUGGGGAGUUCUGGAUCUGUACUCUUGUUUACCCAGUGUCUGUUCUGUAAAACUAGGGCAUAUUACAAAUACAGAGUGAGAAUUUGCACUUUUCUGAAGUAUUUCUGUGGGUAUUGCUAUGUGGAUUUAGCUGAAUGAAGUGUUAUAAGUAAUAAAAUAUUCUCUUCGUAGUAGCAAA